AUGUCAUUCACACAGGGUGACGUCUAUGCCAAAGUCAUCAACGAUGUCUGCGAACACUCACGGCAAGAUUUCGAAGAAGGCGGCGUGGAACUGGCGACGCUAGAUUUGCUCAAGUCGGAAUGGCAGAAGAAGCUCUCUGGCCUCAAGGUCGCUCAGCUGCCAUGGGAUCCACCUCCAGCCCCCAUAAAAGAACAAACCCUUCCUAGCAACACCAAACCCAUUCCUCAGACUCUUCCCAGCAAUAGCAAUGUCAUCGCCACCCCUUCCUCCCAAAACGCAGUCCCGUCAGCUCCUACUAUCAAGAACGAGAACAAUGCUACGUAUCCCUCUCAAGCCCCUGCGCCACAAACCUAUCAAGCCCCUUCUUUCCAGCAGGGUCAGCCACUGACAGCCCGCGACCGCGCCGCUUUAAAUCUGCACCAGAACUUUGGUGCGCGAGCUGGCCCUCAAAUUGCACAGCUCCAAGCCAACCAGCCUCGAGUUCCUUUGCAACCGUCUGCCCCGCCGACUUCCAGCUACAUCAAGCAGGAAGAAACCUCUUCAAGCUUUGCCGGAGUUCAGGAGUACGCUCCUGACAUCCAAUCCCAGGCCACUGCUCCUAUCAACUCGAGCCAAACUGACGGAUCUGGCGAGACUCAUCUCGAGUGGGACGCUGAGUAUGCUUCACGAAAAGCCUUGGCUGCCUCACAUAGGACUCAGGCUGAUCACCUCAUACGAGCACAUGUUAUGGUGAAGCAGCAAGAACUCGAAGGCGGCGGUCUCUUGUUACCGUUGGAAGAACGAUCCAUCCUUGGCAAACCUAGCGGACGAGGAGUUGGCGGUCUUUCAGGCGAGGAAUCUCCACGACCAUCAACCAAUCUCAGCAUUGCACGUGCACAGGGUGAUGCAGCAGGGGACGAUGACAAUGGCGGCGUUGACGAUGAAGAUGCAAUCAAUUCCGACCUGGACGACCCCGAUGAUCUAGCAGCUAACGAUGAAGAUGGCGAAAAUACCGACCAGGUCAUGCUUUGCACCUACGACAAAGUCCAGCGAGUCAAGAACAAGUGGAAAUGCACUCUCAAGGAUGGAAUUUUGAGAGUCGAUGGCAAUGAGUACGUGUUCCACAAGGGCCAAGGUGAAUUUGAGUGGUGA